AUGGAUUCCAACAAUGGCCACGACGACGACACCGCCCCUAUUACUGCACACAUUCUAGAAAAGAAGAGGCGGAAGCGACGUGCUUUGAAAAUUGGACUGUACAUUAUCGCUGGCAUUGUUGCACUGGGAGUAUUUUCUGUCUGGCUGCUUCACAAAGACAGUAUUGAAGCCAUCCGUUUUGGUCAAGGGUUUUUGCUUUCGGUAAAGUUGCGAUCCCUGGAAAUUAAAAACCAACGAGGAGAGAAUGUUCUUUACGGGGACUUAGGCAGCGAUCUACUGGCUACCCCAUACGAUCACUGCUGGGAUAUUACUUACGAGUUUUAUGAGGAUUCGUGUCUACAAUGGCGUGACAAGGCACGCCUGAAAGUGAUCAAAGAUGACAACCUGACUUCCCCAUGUUACACGUUUCACUGGGAGGGUCUAGUCCCUGACUUCACGAUAGAGGAUUGCUUUUACUUGCAAGGAUAUAGCUGGUAUGGCUACGUGACAAACACGACCGACCCAUGGCCUAUUCUUGACUUGCGUUUGGAAGAACGAGAUUACAGCAAAGAGUACCCACUAGAACAAACUGAGCAUAUAGUACCCAUCUGGUUUGGGUCACAGGGUGUGGUUAUCUUUGUAGAUUCCGGACAUCCUUUUGGAAUAUCAUGGAACCAUACAGACAAGCGCCAGCUGUGCAUUAGUUCAAAGCCGCAGCAGCAAGUUUACUUCAAACCUCUAAAUGUGCUGCACUAUACAGUUUGCCAAGGUAAAUCAAUCAAAGACGUGUAUACUGUCUCAAGACGGCAUCGACUUCAGAAAGACACACAUGCUUUUUCAGAGCAAAAUCAACAGCAGCAUAUCAUGCCAAAUCCCAUUUAUGCUAUACCAACUAAAGAAGAGUUGCCUCAAUUGUUAGAUCUAAUGAGAAGGAACGAAUCCCAAUGCAGCUUAAUCGAGCUGUUUGAUGACUGGGAAGGGGAAUACGGUAAUCUCAGUGUUGAUGCAAGUAUUUCAGAACUUCUACAAGAUGUGAUCCUUGAGGCGGCCAACCAAGACUGUUAUCUGGUUCUACCUGUUUCACCUUUCUUCAGUUACAAAUCGCAACACUUUAAGGAAGGCAUAAGUAAAAACUACUUCAUCCGGGACAGACAGAAUUUGGUUACAAGAAUGGUUAAGUGGCGUGAUCAUGAAGGGGCAGUCUUGGAUGUAUCAAAUUCAAAGGCUCUGGAUUGGUUUGUCGACCACAUACGAGAACUGAUAGACCAUCUCGGCGUGAUUUCUCUGAAAUUAUUGACUGUUACUCUCCCACCGGAUUCCCGAUUCUUGGAUUUCAAUGUUAGUCAGCUGGAUUAUCCUAGACUAUUCCACCGAGCCAUGUCUACUCUUAAUAUUUCCUUAACAUUGGAAUUUACCUCCGGGUUCAUUACCGCCCCUGUGUACAUUCCCAUUCACAUGAACUUCUUUAAAAACUCCGGUUACAACUGCCUCAACACUUCCAUACCGUAUUCAUUAGUGAUGGGUCUGAGUGGAUACCCGCUUCUUACCGCAGAUAUAGAUGAGAUGGUGAGCAGCUCUACAACAGACGAGAUGUUAGAAUUAUGGAUAAAGGUGGCGAUCUUCUUUCCACAGUUAAAGAUUCCGUGUACCCAGUUAUUCUACAAUAAUACAAUGCAGGAACUUCUACAAGAAGCCUUAGAUCUUCGUAGCAUUACGUUGUUACCUUAUUUGUCUCAAGUAUGGCAGGAAGAUCCACAUCUGCCGAUUAUUCGACCCAUGUGGUGGAUUUCCCCGGACGAUCCAGUGUCCAGAAGCAUCAAUGACCAGUUUUUGGUGGGUGAUAAAAUGUUGGUGGCGCCAGUGUUGUGUGAAAGAACUCAGAGAAGGGUUGUAUAUUUACCAAAGGGGACAUGGCGCGGAGACGACAUGAAGCUAAUAAAAGGGCCAAAAACUAUAGAGGUAAAUGUAAUAGACUCUAAUAUAGCUUUAUAUUUCUGGAGAGAAGACAGCGGUAAUACUGAAAGCAAUAACUGA